AUGAUUAUGCAAGAUAAAUCGAGCGUUGCUGGAAUACCGGCCAAAAAAAGUGGGAAUGGUGGGAAUGCACUACCACCGUGCUCCUUGCUAAAACUUCCUGAUUCAAAUUCCGAUGCGCAAUCAGAUGAUAGCAUUGACCAUUACUCACCUGCAAGCACAUCAAAGUCCGUUACAUUUACAGCUACGCCUGUUUCUGUAGUUCCAAAAAAUAGCUCUACUACGACUAAAAGGAGUAGCUUUGUCGAGAUCAGAAAUGGAGAGUCCCGCGAUGAGUUACUUCAGCGUGGCAUUGUAACCAUAGGGCAUGACACGCGUGAUAACAACGUCAUCGGUGCAGCUUUACUCGAUCGUCUCGGUCGAAGUGAGACUGCGUUCCUUCGCCAUGAAAAAAAAACCCACCUGAUCGGAAUAGGGGGAAACUCCCCAAGAACAAUAGUUAGAUCAAUCGCCCAGCGGCUUAUUACCAACGAACUAGGCAAAUCUUUCAGCUGGUUCGGACAUCGUAAUAACAAAAAGCUAUCAGAUACCAACAUUGGAAAAGCGAUAAUGGCUGCAUCGGUGCGUAAUACGCCAUUGAUUACAGAGGCAGAUGUGCAAUCCACCAUGAUCGACAUGCUGCGACACUGUAAAGACAAACCGCGCACGGUCCCUGUCUUAUAA